GCUGAAUUCCUGUCUAUGAUUGGACAAGGGUUGGAGUUUGAUGAUAAAGGUGCUAUUCUCCCACUUGUAUCAGUUCAUGUCAUGAGUGGCUUACAUGACUUCAGAAGGGUCACAGUGUCUGUCAAAGGCAAAGCUGUACAUGUACUCAUUGAUACAGGGAGCACUCACAACUUCCUUGAUCUAAACAUUGCUAAAAGAUUAGGUUGUGCUCUGACUGCUAUUUCUCCUUUUGCUGUGUCUGUGGCUGAUGGUAAGAAAAUGUAUUGUAAUUUCUUGUGUUCGAAGUUUAUAUGGAAGAUGCAUGGGGUAUCAUUUGAUUCUGAUAUGUUAGUUCCACUUAUUGGGGGUUGUAAUAUGGUUCUUGGGGUCCAAUGGUUGAUUACACUGGGUGAUAUUAUGUGGAAUCUUAGACAGUUGAAGAUGGAGUUCAGUAUUAUGGGACACAAGGUGUCCUUGAGGGGGAUCAAGCCUCCUGCAGCUAAGAUGAUUCAGCAGAGUGGUUGGCUAAGCCAGCUGAAUUAUGCAUGAUCUCUGUAGGUAUGUAUUUGGAGGAGGGGUACAUCAUUGAUGGUGCUAGUCUUUUCACUAUGAGCAGUUGUGGUACACCUGAUGAAGACAAUAAAGAGGUAAAGGAGGUGCUGCAAGAAUUCCUUGACCUGUUUGAAGUACCAAAAGAUCUACCCCCAUCUAGAAGCCAUGACCAUAGAAUUGUGUUGAAAGAAGGUACUUCACCUAUUAAUACCAGGCCUUAUAGGUACCAUGCAAUACAAAAAGAUGAGAUUGAGAAAUUGGUCAAUGAGAUGCUAGAUUCAGGAGUUAUCAGACCUAGUACAAGUCCAUAUUCAUCACCCAUAGUCAUGGUGAAGAAAAAGGAUGGUUCAUGGAGGGAUGUGUGUAGAUUAUAGAGAACUGAAUGCUCAUACUGUGAAGGACAAAUUUCCCAUUCCCAUGAUUGAGGAGUUGUUGGAUGAAGUUCAUGCUGCUAAAUACUUUUCUAAAUUGGAUUUGAGAUCAGGUUACCACCAAAUUAGGAUGUUUAAACCUGAACAUUCCUAAAACAGCAUUCAAGACACACCAAGGCCACUAUGAAUUCAUGGUCAUGCCUUUUGGACCGACUAAUGCCCUUACUACAUUUCUAAGUCUGAUGCAUCAGAUUUUUCUUGCUCAUCUCAGAAAGUUUAUUUUGGUUUUCUUUUAUGAUAUUUUAGUCUACAGCUCUAGCAGGUCUGAUCACAUUUCUCAUUUGAGGAUAACAUUCAGUAUUCUCAGGGCCAAUGUCUUAUAUGUGAAGCAAAGCAAAUGUGCUUUUGGGGUCAGACAAAUCGACUAUUUAGGCCAUAUCAUCUCUGAAGAAGGUCUAGCUAUGGAUAGUGGUAAGGCAGCGACCGUGGGUUUUUAGGCCUUGCAGGCUAUUACAAGAGAUUUAUCCAAGGAUUUGGACUUAUAGCAAGACCCUUGAAUGAUCUAUUGAAGAAGGGUAAAUUCAGCUGGAAUGCAACAGCUUCUGAUGCUUUUGACAAGUUGAAAAGAGCUAUCACUUCAGCACCUGUCUUGGCUUUACCAGACUUUUCCCAGGGGUUUAUUGUGGAAACAGAUGCCUCAGAAGGAGGCGUUGGUGCUGUAUUAGCUCAAGGUACCAGACCUAUAGCAUUCUUUAGUCAAGGAUUGUCUGAGAAGAAUAAAGCUUUGUCAAUAUAUGAAAGAGAGUUGUUAGCCUUGGUGUCAGCUGUACAAAAGUGGAGACCAUACCUUUUGUGUCGGCAUGAUUAUUUGGUAUUUAUCAAAAGGACAGAAUCUAUUAAAGGCAUAAUGGUACCAAUUGGCUCAGACCAACAUGUAUGCAAGUGGAGCAAAGCUUUCAGAAACAUGCCUUGUCUUAGGUUACUCAUUGUCAAAGGGCAGGAGGUCCGGCAUCAUGACGUUAUUUGUGACCCUAUUGAGUGUCUCCCCGGUAACUUGAAAUGGCUUGAGUGGUCAUACUACAGUUUUGAAUCUUUACCAGCAUAUUAUGAACCAGGAAACCUUGUUGGGCUCCACAUGACUUUUAGUUCUCUUGUUGAAAUUUUCAAGGAGCCAAAGGCAUUUGUUAAGUUGACAGUCCUCAAUUUAAGUUUUUCUAGAAAUUUAAUCCGAACGCCCAAUUUUUCGGAUAUUCCAAACCUGCAGAGGAUUAUUCUGAAAAGCUGCGUAUGCUUGGUAGAAGUUCAUCCAUCCAUUGGCCAUCUCAGAAAGGUUAUCUUUUUGAAUAUGGAAAACUGCGAAAGUCUCAAAUCUUUACCAAGCAGUAUUCAAAUGGAAUCUCUUGAAAGCUUCAAUCUCUCAGGUUGUGAGAAGUUAGAAAAUUUUCCAGAAAUUCAGGGAAAUAUGGAAUUGCUAUCAGAGCUCCUUUUGGCACAUACUGCAAUAUGGGAACUUCCCUCAUCAGUUGGACAGCUCAGUGGCAUCAGCUUGCUCGAUUUGCGUUCAUGUAAAAACCUUGUAAGACUCCCAGCCAGUGUCUCUGAGAUGAGAAAACUGAAAAUUUUGAGUGUGAAAGGCUGCUCAAGACUUGCAAACUUUCCUGAAAAUUUAGGUGAUCUAAACCAGAUGGAGGAGCUCUAUGCUGGUAACACUGCCAUUUGGCAACUACCAGAUUCUAUUGGAAACUUGAGCAAACUUAAAGUCCUAUCGUUAAGAAGUGGCCGGAAGGUAAAGCAUCAAACUGGUGACAGUUUGAUGUUACCCUCUUCUUGGGAGUUUCAUUGUUUGAAGGAAUUGAAAAGCUUAGAUCUCAGUGGAUGCAAUUUAUCUGAUAACCAUACUGCUGCUCUUAUGAAUUUGCCUUCUUUACUGGAACUGAAUCUGAGCAGAAACAAGUUUAUUUCAAUACCUGAUAUCAUCAGUCGACUUUCUCAGCUUCGAUAUCUCAACAUAACACAGUGUCAGGAACUUAAGAAACUUCCCAAACUUUCUCCAAGUAUAGAGGAAUUAUAUGCAGAAGAUUUUUUGGCCAAGCAAAGUAUUGCAAAGCUACAAAUGUACCAGAGGUUGAGUUUGGUGUCAUUCACCAAUUAUAGUUUUGAUCAACAAUCUUAUACAGAGGAGAGCAAUGGUAGCUCAGUUUUGGAUGAGAUUCUCGGUUUGUUUCUCUCAAGCAAUAUGGAUUAUGUGGUCCACCCCUCUCUCAACUCCGAUCACAGGGUGACUUGUUCUAUUGUCUUCCCUGAACGUGUGAUUCCCAGGUGGUUUAAGCAUCAGAGUGUUGAUGAAAAGAUCUUGUUCAAAUUUUCCAUUAAUUGGUAUAAUGACAAGUUCAAGGGCUUUGCAUUAUACUGUGUGACUCUCAUGGGAGCAGGUGUCUUCAGUCCUGAACCAGGACUAUCUGAGAAGUAUGACUAUGCUUUCAUCAAAGCCAAAUUGAUAUGCGAUGAUCAUUUAGAAGACCUUAAAGUUCUAGAGAAAGAAUGUAAAGUGGGCACAGCAUCUAGAACGUAUGCCUGGUAUGUUUGCUUUGUCUACAUACCAUUGUCUGCUUCACUGCAGGUGUCCGACACAGAUGUUGGAAAUAUUAAGUAUUAACCAGUACAGCCUAUUUGAGGCAUCUAUCCCUGGGCACAUUGUAAGACGGUGGGGAGUUCGUAUAAUCUAUGAGGAUGAAAGAACAGUUUUUGCAAAAAAUUACGUUAGUGGUGGUUUCACAUCACUUAAGUUGAAGGGAGGCUAAGGCCUCGUUUGUUUGUACUUAAUGGAGGUGUGAAUCUUAAUCAUUUAGAUUCAACCCAUUAAGUGUGCUUAAUUUUUAGAUCUGAAUCUCAGUCAUUCAAAUUCAAUACAUUAAGCCUAUUUGUUUCUUUUUUAAAAUAGAUAAUUACCUUUUUGA